GCAAGAUGCUUCUCUUUUCCCCAUCCCCCAGCCGAAGUUCUUCGGGCCUUCAAGUUUAGAAAUGACCCUACAUGAGGAAUCCACGCGUUCUGGAGAUAGCUUGAUUACGCAGCGUAGAUUUUAUGAAAGGUCAGGGUGAAUUCAGCUUUCUAUAUUAUUUGGCCGACUGCCUGUCCCGCUGAUGUCUCCGGACUAUCAUACAAGCUUGGAGCGACGAACUCUUAGAGAUCUCGAUUGGACGGCCCUGCCCAAUGAAACGUGCCUUGCAGCCUUGGUUCAACGGAUCGAUGUCUGUGUGUGAUAAUCUCUCUGGGACUUUUUAAAAGUGUUCCUUCCGGUCAGCGAUGGCUCCCCGUCUGGGGCUGCUACGUCGUCCUCUUGUCAAACUCACGGAUACAAUACAGUUUUCUGCUUUAAUGCCCAUUGUUGCCCACUGAAGCAAAUGAUGAAAUGUCGAAACUGGAACUCCCAGUUGAGCAAGAGGGUUUCCGUUCAAACUGGCGCCCAAAAAUAGUUGGAUUGUGCUAGUGGUGAAAUGGCUAUCCUAAAUUGCUUUUUUUUGGAUGGUCUUCUCAGACUGGAAAUGUGCGCUGCACGGACGUUGAUGUACUCCGUACUAUGAAAGCCACAUAGCAGGGUUCUGAGGAACCAUCGAGCCCGUUCACAGAGGAGAUUUCUGCUUGCUAGUACGGAGUACCCCAUAUAGAGUAAAAGUGACCGGCUUCCAUGUCAAGGCCCCGGCAACGAGUCACUGAACCAACGCCAGAUCUGCUGAUAUUUGACGAUAUCAUUGGCUUGUGAGGUGGCAGUUCAUUAUCCCCGACAGUUUUCGCCCCUUUCUUUGGGGUUCACCGCCGUUGGUAAGCUAGUAAGGGGCACACAUUUAAGGAUUAACGUUUGUUUUUUCGAGUCUACAGCGUACACCACACACGUGCAAUUUUGUGUCAACAUUAUGAGGGGCAGGUUUGGCUGUGAUGCCAUUCGCCACGGUGUUCUCAGGCACUGUUCGACCGAUAUCAGGACGCGUUUGGCAGGAUGAGAGGCGCGGAUAGCGAGUAGGUUGCUGAGGAAGCCCGUCAGCUAUAUAUACCAGCGUAUAAACCUACCGUUUUCCGAACCUCUCAAAUUUUUUGAAUGCUGACGUCCAACCAAAGCCUACGGCAACAUCACGUCGAACCAACGCCAACUUAGGCUCACUUCAAACCCCCACAUCACAUCGCGACUAGAAGAAAUAGCCUCAGAAUUAACCACUCGCAAAAAGGUGGGUUUUGUUUCCUUUGGGUUUACUAUGGUAAACCGGAGAGCGAAGUCAUCGAAAAGUAUGCCCUACAAAGUACCGUGCCUACGGUAUCCAUAGCCGCAUCCGUAUAUAAGCAGUAGGAGGAUGGAGAUACCUUUCAACGCUAUCGAGGAGCCUAGGUACUAUAGUCGAUCACUCCUGGCUGAGUGAGAGCUAGCAUAUUAAAGAGAAACCCUCCGGGCUCUAUCCAGUCUGAUUGCCCACCUCAGUCCCCAGGGACCACACACCAGUCAAUUCCCACCCACUCUCUAACGGAUUUCUUGGGAAUGGAAUCGGGCCGUGUUUCACUUGGGCCACGGAGAAAGCAAUCAUAGUCUAAGCCCGCCCACUCUACAUAGUAGCCCCGACCGUGGAGAUCGUCGUCCCUGUCUUCCUUCAAAUCCUAGGAGCGCUCCUGUUCGCAUUUCUCUCCGCUCUCAGUCUUUACAAUCUUCAACAUCAUCGCCUUCACAAACGACCUCGCCAUAAUCUUCACCCUCGUUUUCCAACGGCUUCCAUGCUUGAUUUCUUUCUGCGCGUACCCCGUGGCCCUAUCUCUCCCCUCUAAAAAUGAUUUGGGAAACGUGAAUCUACAAUCCCUGAACCUAUGCCCCCUGUCCCAGAGCUCGCCCCGUACCUCAACGCGUUCUCCCAAAUCAUCAACGAUUCUAAGUCGACAGGACAGGAAACCGGUUUAAAAUGGCGAAUAACACCGUUGAGAACGUCAUGGACCUACCCCCAUUACCUUUGGGCACCCGGAUUGCCAUUGCAAGCGUCCUCGCUGUCAGCUUGUAUAAUGCGUUAGAACUGUUCGUUCUGAUUUUUGUCGCCUUCCGCACAUUCAAAGGUCUAUAUUUUUGGAGCUUGCUACUUUCAACAUCAGCAGGCAUUGUGCCUUACUCCAUCGGGUUCCUGCUUGGAUAUUUCGCACCACCGAUCGAUUCGGAAUGGCCUCUGGUCACUCUGGUUUCCGUUGGCUGGUGGGUGACGACAACAGGCCAAUCCCUUAUUCUCUAUUCAAGGCUCUAUCUAGUCCUACGUAAUACCAAAGUCCUCCGCCUUGUUCUGUUUAUGAUCGUUGCCAACGCUGUCAUCUUCCAUCUGCCCGGUGCAAUCGUCUCAAUUCGCUUGAUGGUACGCGAAUCGUUUCUCGAAGCCUACAUCGCCAUAGAGAAAGUACAGAUGACAGUAUUUUGCGUCCAAGAGUUAAUCAUAUCAACGCUCUACAUUUGGGAAACCGUAAAAAUGUUGAGGCUUUCUCUAGAUAGGGGAAAUAGGAGGAUCAUGUGGCAACUUAUCAGCAUCAAUGUAAUCGUAACCGUGAUGGACGUCGGACUACUCGCCGCGGUAUAUGCAAAUCUAUACCUCUACGAACCAUCGAUCAGGGUAAUGAUAUACAGUAUCAAGCUAAAAUUGGAGUUCGCCGUUCUGGGACAGUUGGUACACUUGGCUAGUUCCCGUUCAUGCUGCUUGGACUUCACCAUAGGUUCAAACGGAUUUCCAGAUUUUGUUGACCCUACUCGCAUUACUACUGACAUUACCCAUGCCCGGAGACUCAACCCCGUAGCUUCUAAGCCAUUACGGUCGGAAUCGGAUGACGCUAUAGACACACCAAGCAUUCUUCUGCCUCCGCCUGGUGGAUCUCUAAGCGGUGACGACGGACACUAUAUGACGCGCAGUACUUGCAGCCGGUCAACACAGACCAACCCAAUUAGCCCAAGCACCACCUUGCUCCUAGGAAAUUCCUCCCGAUCAGGGUCUCGCGAACAAAAUGGAGAAGCAAGCAAUCCAGAAACAGAAUGCCCAGGUUGAGCAUCCGAACCACCGUAUACCGGCGUUUUUUAUGUCUUUAAGGACAGUAUUAUUGCGUAACGUCGCAACCUCUCUGUCUCUGGAUUGAAACGUGGACAACAACUCAUGAGUUGUGCUUACUUGCCCUCGAGGACCGGGCAUCCGUAACGGUACCUAACCAAUUCGUGUCAGGGAGAGUGGUGGGAUAUCAGUCUACCGCGGUUUGUACACCAACGAAAGAAACCUGUGGAAGCUGCUGAGAGCAGGCGAACUGGUUUUUGAGAGAUAGAGGCGAACAUUCCACCCCGGGUCCAUCUAGCACCAGAUGCUAAUCGCGGACGAUACCAUCGUUCGCCAAGCCGUUCUAUAUUACGGAUAUAUUGUGGGGAGGAUCGAAAUGUAGUGAUCAAAUACUUAAAAACCACGAGGCAAUGGGUGUUUGGGCAAUGCAACUUUAAAAACGAGACAAGUGCUUUGGGGGUUGAGGGGCGGCAGAUACAUACCGUGCGACUAUGAACAUAUUUGUGUACGAUCCCGAAUAUAAUAUAAUCGAUGUAUACUAAAACAAUGAACGUCUUAUGAUUUUGUUUCCUCUGUAA